AUGGCGUCGUCCGCUGCUGCUACCGCGAAGCCGAUCGCGCUCCCGCCGGCGCCAAACCGCGGCGGCGGCUGCUGCUGGAGGGCAUGCCCUAGGCCCACGGUCCCCGCCGCGGCGGCGCGCCUCAGGGUCUCCGCCUCCGCCGCCUCGUCGGACGUGCCGGACUUCCUCUCGUCCAAUUGGAUGCUAUCAUUGGCAAUGAAAGUAUGUACUGGAAACUAG